AUGAUGUUUGUAGGCUGGGUGUCACUUGUGAUCUCGUUUGUGGCUCUGUUCGCUGUUGCAUUGGACGUGGAUCCAGACUCGUGGUUCAAUGAGCAAUAUACAAGAACAGUUGAGUUGUCCAAAAGUUAUGUUAGAGAAUCAGUUUUAUUAAAUAUUAAAAACACUGCAAGUGCUCCUCAAGAUACCUAUUAUUUCCAUUUAAGCGAUGGCUUGGACUUUAUUAAAGAUUUAUCUUUGAUUUCAGCUAUCUUGGUUAAAAAUAGAAACGCUGUUGAUAUAGUUCCGGUUAUUGAGUCAGAAGAAGAUUCUUCGUCUGCUUCCAAUAAAUUGUUCAAAAUCACUUUACCUUAUCCGGUUUCUCCUCAAUCAAGUGUUGAUAUUAAUGUCCAAUAUAAUUACAUGAACUCAGUCCGUCCUUUCCCCGAAAAGAUUGAAUUAAGUGAUGUUCAGAAACUUCUUAUUAAGACAAACAAGUUCCCUUACUCACUUUAUGCCACUAAAAAUUAUCAAUUGGCUUUUGGUGGUGUAGGAAAGUCUGAAGAGAUGAACUUGAACUUAAGUAAUGAUUCAGUUGUCACAAAGGAUUUACCAUCUUUGGAAGGCCGUGUGGAAAACAAUAUGCUUGUUUAUGGUCCUUUACUUUCAGUUGUUGGUCCAAAGACUAUUUUUCCAAUGGGUUUGUUAUAUACUCACUCAAAGGCAAUUGCUAAAGUAACAAAGUUGGACCGUAGUGUUUGGAUACCAGGACUGGAUGUUAUUCAAUUACCCGUUGAAGAAUACUUUGAAUUAACUAAUGAUGGUGCAGCCUUAGCAUCUGGAUUCUCCAGAAUCGACUUUAUGAAGGGAAGAUACGGUCAGAAUAAAAACCAUUUUUCUUUACUUCAAUUGGAAUUUCCCUUUACAGAUUCCAACUCUUAUUCUGAUUAUUAUUACACCGAUUUGGUUGGGAAAGUUGAUACUCAUCAAAUCAUACAAAAACAUUUGGUUAUACAACCUCGUUAUCCAAUGUUUGGUGGUUGGAAAUAUAACUUCACUCUUGGAUGGAAUCAAUUGGUUGUUAAUAGUAUUCGUCGUGUUAUUGAUGAAGAAGAUACUUACGUUAUGGCAUUCCCAAUAGUUAAUGGUUUGCAAGAUGUUACUUAUGAUAAAGUCUAUUUAUCUUUCUACUUACCGGAAGGAGCUGAAUUUGUUAAUGUUUCUUCUCCUAUUCCCUUUGAAAAUAUGGAAGUUUCUUCAGAUUUGAGUUACUUUGAUGUUGCUAAGGGUCACACCAAAAUCACUUUAACAUACACCAAUGUCAUUGAUGCUAUGACUAAGUUGGACGUUUUCAUCCAAUACAAGUAUUCCAGUAAAAGUUUUAUCUGGAAAAUCCUUAAAAUUAGUGGCUUUAUCUUUACUGCUUUGACAUCCUACUUCAUCCUAGGAAGCUUAGAUUUGUCAGUUGACGACAAGAGCAAGAAAUAG